GAUUAUGCGUCUUGGGGUUGCUCUUCUUGAGAAGGCUAUUUGUGGUGUUGUUUCCUGAAUUUGAAUGUUGACCUGCUUUUCUGGGUUGGGGAAGGUCUGCUAGAUAAUGUGAAGGGUGUUUUCCAACUUGGUUUCAUACUCUCUGUCACCUUCAGGUAUACUGAUCAAACGUCGAUUUGGUCUGUUCACAUAUUCCAUAUUCUGGAGGCUUUGUUCAAAUUCAUCUUGUCUUCUUGCUUAAUUAUUUCAUUGAGUUGAAAGAAAUAGCUCCACUGUAAUGCUAGGAAAUUUCAAUUUCACCCAUCUUGGCCUCCCAAAAUGCUGGGAUUAUAGCAGCCCCCAGCCUGCUUCUUGCUGUCUCAUAUGUUAGAAUGAAAGGAAGCAAGCACUCUAGUUUUUACAGGCUUUUCCCAUGUUUAGUUUGCUCCAAAGAAUGUUUUCUCUGAACUUUCAAUAAAUUUCUGAAAUACAACUUUUUUUUUCAAUUACUAGAUAGCCAUAUGUUUUCCUUCCAUUGUAGUAUGCUAUGGCUUCAUGUUGGAAAAAUUCUCCUUUUUGGGGUGCUAAGUUUUUGCAGUGUAAGUGGUUUGUUCAUAGAUUCCUUCAUAUUAAGCUUUUCUGCAGUUAGCUUGAAUUAUGUGCAGUCACCCUUUCUUUGUUAGAAAAUACCUGUUCCUUUUGUUUUUCAAAAAUUAAAAUCAUAAUUAGGAAUUUUAUAACUCUAUUCAACGUAAGUAUUACUUUUAGUGUAAUAUUAUGUAUUUCAAUAGGAGAUAUUUAUUGACCAUCUGUAAUCAGUUGGAAACUGAGGAUUUCUUAUAUCUUGUAGGUAUCUUUCCUAAAUGUGAGGUCAAGGAAUUACAACCAAAAGAGAAGAGUAACACAGGAGAAGUAUUGCAAACAGUAAUGUUGGAAAGACACGAAAGUCAUGGCAUAGACGAUUUUUGCUUCAGAGAAAUCCAAAAAAACGUACAUGACUCUCAGUGUCUGUGGAGACGCGAUGAAAGACAUUACAAAUUUAUGACCUAUAAGGGUAGAAAGGAUGAUAUGCAAAAGCAAAAUAACCCUAUUAAAAAUCAGCUUGUAUUAAACCUCCAGUCACAUCUACCAGAACUGCAGGUAUUUCAAGCUGAAGGGAAAAUACAUCAAUAUAAUCACAUGGAAAAAUCUAUCAACAGUAGUUCCUUAGUUUCCCCACCCCAAAGUAUUUCUUCUGCUGUCAAAACCCACCUUUCUCAUACAUAUAAAUGUCAUCUUACGGAUUCUGUAUUCACAGAAAGAGAGAGAGCAAACGUUCGGACGGAACAUUACAAAUAUAACGAGUGUGGCAAGACCUUUCAUCGAGACUUACAUUUUACCAUAUAUCAAAUAAUCCAUUCUGAAGAGAAGCAAUUUAAAUGUGAUAUAUGUGGCAACAUCUUCAAUAAAAAAUCAAACCUUGCAAGUCAUCGAAGAAUUCAUACCGGAGAGAAACUAUAUAAAUGUAACGAAUGUGGCAAGGUCUUCAAUAACAUUUCACACCUUGCACAGCAUCGCAGGAUUCAUACUGGAGAGAAACCUUAUAAAUGUAAUGAUUGUAGCAAAGUCUUUAGUCAAAUUUCACACCUUACGCAACAUCGAAGAAUUCAUACUGGAGAGAAACCUUAUAAAUGUAAUGAAUGUGGAAAGGUAUUCCAUCAAAUUUCACACCUUGCACAACAUCGGACAAUUCAUACUGGAGAAAAACCUUACAAAUGUAAUAUAUGUGGCAAGGUGUUCAGUCGCAACUCCUACCUUGUACAACAUCUGGUCAUUCACACUGGAGAGAAACCUUACAAAUGUCAUGAAUGUGGAAAGGUCUUCAAUCAUAUUUCACACCUUGCACAACAUCGUAGAAUUCACACUGGAGAGAAACCUUACAAAUGUCAAGAAUGUGGCAGGGUCUUCAGUCACAGGUCAUCCCUAGCAAACCACUGGAGAAUUCAUACUGGAGAGAAACCUUACAAAUGUCAUGAAUGCGGCAAGGUAUUUAGUCGCAAUUCAUACCUUGCCCAACAUCUGAUAAUUCAUACUGGUGAGAAACCUUACAAGUGUGAUGAAUGUAACAAAGUGUUCAGUCAAAAUUCACAUCUUGUACAACAUCGUAGAAUUCACACUGGAGAGAAACCUUACAAAUGUAAUGAAUGUGGCAAAGUCUUCAGUCAAAAUUCAUAUCUUGUAUACCAUCAAAGAAUUCAUACUGGAGAAAAACCUUACAAAUGUAAUGAAUGUGGAAAGGUCUUCAGUCUAAACUCAUCCCUAGCACAUCAUAGGAAAAUUCACACUGGAGAGAAACGUUACAAAUGUAAUGAAUGUGGCAAAACCUUUAGCGUGCGUUCAAGCCUUACUAACCAUUGUGUAAUCCAUGCUGGAGAGAAACCUUUCAAAUGUAAUUAA